AUGCCAGGCUUUUCGCCCGAGCAAACCGACUCGAUAACGGCAACAUGGAAGAAACGCAAGCGGGACCAUGAGGAGCCAAGGGCUCUGGCUCGUCCUGCCGCAUUUGUCCCAUCCUCCUUCCGAGUAGAUUGCCCCGAAUACGACACCGGCUGUUCGCUGCCUCUAUCACGACACCCAGAGGGGACAGACAUCUCCUUCCGACCACGCUGCCUCCCCCGCAAGCGCCGACACAUCCAAAGUCCCUAUCUCACACUGCCACCUCACCAGCAUCUACAUCAAACCCAGCAAUCCCCAGCCCAUCUCUCCCCUAACGUCUACGGCGCCCCAAAUCAAGAUCCGUAUUCACCUCCGGUCUCCCCCAAAACUCUCGUCCCUCUCCACUACCCAAAUCAACAAUCGGCAUCUCCUUCUGCCCUGCGGCCGUGUCAUAUCUGCCAUCGCCGCCCAACGACACGGCAAGUACUCGACGCCUACGCGGACUGCGAUCUCUGCCACGAGCGGGCAUGCUUUAUCUGCCUUCGUCAAUGCGAUAGCAUCAACUGCAGCGGGACAUUUGCCCAAUCAGCAAGCGCAGGAAUGCACAUGCAAACGAGCGGGAAUGACGACGCCUACGAUGGGCACGAGACACCGCGGAGGAAGAUAUGUUCUAGCUGUGCUGUGGAGGACGUGACAGAGACUGGGGCAGAGAUCGUGCGCUGCCUCGACUGUGUACGUGGUGCAAACUCGGCCUGGACUGCUGCAGCUAUUCCAUCUGGCUGGGCUUUGGACGAUAUGACCGAAUGA